CUGAAUCGACGACUUGACUAAGGAUUCAUUCACAUGACUGACUUGUAACUCCUCCUCGGCACCGUUACGACUAAUCUAACACCUCUCUCUCUCCACCAACUCAGGAACUCGCAUCAUCUUAUCAUCUUCCGUAACUAAACCAAAAUGUUCCUCUUAAAGACAUGGAGAUCAACCGCUUUCGGGAUUUAUGGCUAUAUGAAUUUCACCAAGAAUGGUUUCCUAGACCAUUCAAAGAAGUUCAAACCUGAAGAUAUGCAGAUACAAAUACAAGGAAAGAAUUGUGUGGUCACUGGAGCUAACUCUGGUAUUGGUUACGCCGCUGCUGAAGGUCUUGCUUCACGUGGAGCAAAUGUUUACAUGGUGUGUCGGAACAAGGAAAGAGGAGAAGAGGCUCUUUCUAAGAUUCAAAACUCUACAGGAAACCAGAAUGUCUACCUUGAAGUUUGUGAUUUGUCUUCUGUUAAUGAUAUAAAGUCAUUUGCUUCGACUUUUGCUUCCAAGGAUGUUCAUGUUCAUGUCCUGGUUAAUAACGCCGGUUUGCUCGAGAACAAACGGACUACUACACCUGAAGGAUUCGAGCUGAACUUCGCAAUAAAUGUACUUGGGACAUACACGAUGACAGAGCUGAUGCUUCCACUGUUGGAGAAAGCCUCACCUGACUCCAAAGUCAUCACCGUCUCCUCUGGUGGAAUGUACACCUCGCCACUUACAACAGAUCUUCAGUUUAGUGGUGAAAAGUUCGAUGGAGUGUUGCAAUACGCACGGAAUAAAAGAAUCCAGGUGGCUCUGACAGAAAAAUGGACUGAUAAGUACAAGAACAAAGGCAUAGGUUUCUACUCAAUGCACCCUGGCUGGGCUGAGACACCUGGUGUCGCCAGGAGUUUGCCCAGUUUCAAAGAAUCGUUCUCUGGUAAGCUUAGAACAAGCGAAGAAGGAGCAGACACUGUGGUAUGGCUAGCACUUCAGCCUAAGGAGAAGCUCGUCUCUGGUGCAUUCUAUUUCGAUAGAGCAGAAGCACCAAAACAUCUGACGCUUGCAGGUACAAGCAAGUCUCAUGACCUUAUCGACUCUGUCAUUGAUACAGUGCACUCCAUGGCAGCUCUUUGAUCCUUAAAUCUCUAUCUUAUCUUCUUCUCCAUUGUGGUUUUCUCUCGAGAAUAAAAUGUGAUCGAUCUCAGGUAAAUAUCACACAAUUGAAUAAAGAUUCAAAUAUUAAAACUUUUCUUUCUUUCCGUGGAAAUAUUAUUGUACUAAUAACAGAAGAAAUACACAUGGUUUUUCAACACUGGCAUAGUAGCUAUAUUGUGGAUCCCAAACAUUGGAUUCUUUUUUUA